UCUCUGGGAAGUUCCUCUCGUUGUCCCCCCACGCACGUGUAUGGGAGCUGAGUUGCCGUUUCCUCCACUUGCGGCGUUUUGGGCGGCUGUGCCAAUUCCUCGUUUGCCGGCAAGGCUGCUCCUGGGUCCCGCUCCGGGCAGGUGGGGCUCCCGCUCUCCCUCCCUCGGGCUGCCCGGAGGGCUUCUACCCCUCAGGAGGAAGGUGCCACCAGGAAAACCUUUGGAGGAAGCUCUGCUUGCAGGGUCCCAUCUGGCUCAGUCACCGGGACCAGAGAUUUAGUCUUCUCAGCUUUCAGACUCGGGCUGGAGCUCAUCCUCCUGCCCAUCUUCCAACCUUUUGGCCAAAGUUCUGCUUGUUACAGUUUCCUGGGAUGGAAAGCUGUGGACGUGAGCAGCCCCUGGAAACUAUGCAGAGGGGGGAACACGUUGGCCCAAGGUCCCUUCAGAGGAAUCUGGGGAGACUCUACAAAUGCUCCAAGUGCGGGAAAUCCUUUGGUCACCAGUCCCUCCUUUUGAUCCAUCGGAAGCUGCACACGGGGAAUGGAUCCCACCUGUGUUUUCAUUGUGGAAACUCCUUUCCUGGAAUGUGGAGCUUUGCCAAACAUCUCCGGAGCCACCCUGGACUGAAGCCUUACAAAUGCGGAGAGUGCGGGGAGCGUUUUGCUAAAGGCUCGGACCUUGGAGCCCAUCAGGGAAUCCACCAGGGAAAGAGAUCUCGGGAAUCCUGGAAGCACUGGGGAAGAUUUCCUGUGAGACGGCGUCUUUCUAGGCCUCAGAACAGCCCGACUGAAGAGAAGCCCUGCAAGUGUGUGCAAUGUGGGCUGUGCUUUUCUCAAACCUCGCAGCUGCUUAAACAUCAGCAAAUCCACAUCAGAGAGAAACCUUAUCAAUGUCUUGAGUGUGGGAAGUCUUUCCAUUAUAAACAACUGUUUAGAAAACAUGAGAUUAUUCACACAGGGCAGAGUCCUUAUAAAUGUUUAGAGUGUGGAAAAUGUUUCACUUGGAGCUCAUCUCUUUGGAAACAUAAUAAUAAAACACACACAAAGGAGGAAAGCAAAACAUGCCUAGAAUGUGGGAAAUGUUUUUCAAGCAAGUCAUGCCUGCUGCAACAUCAGAGAAUUCACACUGGGGAAAGACCCCAUGAAUGCCCGGAAUGCGGGAGACGUUUUAACCAGAAGUCAAACCUAAAUAAACAUCAAAAACGUCACACUGGGGAAAGACCCUAUCAAUGCUCAGAAUGUGAGAAACGUUUUGUGGUUUCUUCUGACCUUCGGAGCCACCAAAAGAUGCACAGGGGAGAAAAACUAUACAAAUGUAAAGAUUGUGAUAAAUGUUUUUUUAAAAUGUCAAAUCUUUCUCAACAUCUGAGCAUCCAUACAGGGGUGAAGCCCUUUAUGUGCGUUGAAUGUGGAAGGUUUUUCCGUACAAUACAAAACCUCAGAAGUCAUGAAAAUGUUCACAGAAGGGAAAAAAAGUUCAAAUGUUUAGAAUGUGGGAAAGCAUUUGGUCGUCCAGCAACCCUUAGAAUUCACUGCCAAAUCCACACAGGUCAGAAACGCCACAAAUGCCCACUGUGUGAGAAAUCUUUUGUCCGGAAAGACGCACUUGUGAUACAUCAGAGAAGCCACUUAGAGAAGCAAUAUAAAUGUCCAGAAUGUGAGAAAACUUUUCAUUGCAAAUAUUAUCUUAGAGAACAUGAGAUGCUUCACAAAAGAGAGAAGCCUUACAAGCCUGUGCAGAAAAAGGAAAAAUGCCCACAAUGUGGGAGAUGUUUUGGAACAAAGUCACAACUAAUUCAACAUCAGAUACUUCACACUGGGGAAAAACCCUAUCAGUGCCCAGAAUGUGGGAGAUCUUUUGGCUACAAGUCAAACCUAGCUCAACAUCAAAGACUUCACACCGGAGAAAGACCCUAUCAAUGCCCAGAAUGUGGGAGAUCUUUUGGCUACAAGUCACACCUAAUUCGACAUCAGAGACUUCACACUGGAGACACACCCUAUCAAUGCCCACAAUGUGAGAAACGAUUUGUGGAGUCUGCUGGACUUCGGAGACAUCAGAAGAGGCACACGGGAGAGUUGCCCUAUAAGUGUGGGGAGUGUGGGAAAAGUUUUCUCAAAGCAACACUGCUUCAGGUUCAUCAGAGAAGCCACUUAGAGAAGCAAUAUAAAUGUCAAAAGAGUGAGAAACCUUUUCAUUGCAAAUAUUAUCUUAGAAAACAUGAGAUGCUUCACACAGGAGAGAAGCAUGUGCAGAAUGAUGAAAAGUGCCCAGAAUGUGGGAGGUGUUUUCCUACAAGGUCAACCCUAAUUCGACAUCAGAGAAUUCAUGCUGGAGAAAGACCCCAUGAGUGCCCAGAAUGUGGGAGGUGUUUUAGCACAAGGUCGACCCUAAUUCGACAUCAGAGACGUCACACUGGAGAAAGACCCUAUCAGUGCCCAGAAUGUGGGCGGUGUUUUGGCAGAAAGUCAACCCUAAUUCAACAUCAGAGACGUCAUACUGGAGAAAGACCCCAUGAGUGCCCAGAAUGUGGGAAAUGUUUUGGCCAGAAGUCAUACCUAACUCGACAUCAGAGACUUCACACUGGAGACAGACCUUAUCAAUGCCCAGAAUGUGGGAAAGGAUUUGUGGAUUCUUCUGAACUUCGGAGACAUCAUGAGAGGCACACAGGAGAAAGGCCCUGUAAAUGUGGGGAGUGUGAGAAAGUUUUUCUACCAGCAACACUGUGUCAAACCCUGGAGUCCCAGGAUCUUUGAACUACUGCUUCGAGUUCAUUAGAGAAUCCACACAGUGGAGAAGCUGUACAAAUAUGUGGAGUGUGGGAAAAGUUUUUCCCAAACACAACACCUUGGAAAGCAUCAAAAGGUCCAUAUGAGAAUGAAGCCAUGGAGAUGCAUAGAGUGUGAUAAUGUUCUGCUCAAAAGCGAGACAUCAGGAAAAUCACUUGGGAAAAACCCUAAUAGACUCUGAUGGUAGAAUAGUUUUUCAUAGUUGUUCAACCCUUAGAAGUCAGUUCAUAAAGGGGUGGGGGAUUAGAAACUCUCAGAUCGUGGGAGAGCAUUUUCUUGUCAAUCGUCCCUUAAAAAUCAUACUCUAAUCCGUAUACGAAAGAUGCAGUUUAAAUGUUUGAAGUGUGAUGUAUGGUUUGCGUGGAAAAAUACUCUUUCAGCAUCGGUGAAUUCUUACUGGAGAGAAACUUUUUAUCAGGGCUUAGAAUGUGGUGAAGUUUUUUAUCGGAUCAUCAGAUCUUCAGAUGCACAUGAAAAAUCCACACAGGAGGAAAACCUUACAGGUAUAUAACAUGAGAAUACUUUUCCUUGCCAGAUGGAACAUCUUGCCUCCUGGAGUUUGUCCGUUAAAAUUGCUUCCUUGGAAAUUUUCUUACCAAAUUAAAAAAAAAAAUCAUAAUUGUGUAAAGUUUUAAUUCUAAGAUGUGUAUAUGAAAAUCUGAUAUGAAUGUGAAAACCUAAUAGCUAAUGUGAAAUUGUCUGAAAUACUUUAAGGACUCCUGCCUUGGGCAGGGAAGGUAGGACUAGAAGACUACAGCUCUGUUAUUCUGUGGUAGCUCCCUUCUAGCCCUAUGAUGCUAAGAAUUUAAAAAGAAAAAGGGAAAUGGUAACGGAUGAAAAGCAAAAGGAAGGAGUGCUGACAAAACGGGAAAAACUAAGGUUUCUGCUAAAACCUUCCAAGGCACCAAAAGUCUCUUUUUAGUUGAGCAGGAUUAAUGAAUCCAGGAAAUAAAUAGAAUCAUAGAAUAUGUAGAACACAACAGAGAGAAGCCCGGUGGUAAGAAGAACUUUGCUGAUGGUUUUGUGGUAAUUUUAAAAGCCCUUUGGAAGAAAUCAAAAUAUUAAUCGAAACAUUAACAGAUUUUUAGUGCAUUAGCUGGUUUUCAGUGCAAUAGCUAAUAGACAAAGAAGUUGACCAAAAUAGGAAAACAGAAGAGAAAAUAGAAUUGAUGGGGAAAAGUGAUUUAAAAGAAAUACAAAAGUAAGACAUUUGGGUAUUGUUACAAACAAUACGAAUUCAAUGUCAAAAUAAUUGUGAUAAGACAUGGAAUCAUACUGAAAAGGAUGUGUUCAGGUGGGAAAAAAAUACAAUUGUCACUAAUUAUAGAAGUUCUAUGAUUAAAAGAAACUACAUAACUAGACUGAUGUUUCUGUUUUAAACAAUAGCUAUCCGGACAAUGGGUGCACCACAUAAGCAAUGACAGGAAGAUAUAUCGAAGUUUAUAUGGCAGGAGAAAAACCAAGAGUUUAAUUUCAAACUGUUCCAAGAUCAAAGACAGGAAGGCCUGGAGGAACAUUGUCCAUGGGGUCGCGAUAGGUCGGGCAGGACUUCGCAACUAACAACAACAAAAAGAUCAAAGAGAAAGAGGAUGAUUAGGAUUGCCUGAUUAAAAAUUGUACUGUGCAGCCUGUUUGCUUUGGAUGAAAGAGUGGUUAUUGCUGAGCAAUAAAAGGAUUUUAAAAGGGAAGGGUAUGGCUUUUUUAUGUUCAGCUUGGACGAUGCAAACAUAGGCAGUGCCCAAAAACACCUUAGUGGGUCUCGGCACAAGAAGCAUUAGAUGGAAAAGAAAGAGUAGACCACAAUAAAUGGAUGAAGCGUCAUAUCCUGGUGUCUUACACUUUUUGUCUCAUUUCUUUGAACCGCUUUUCCCCAACAAUUUGUCAAUACAGGUAGUCGACUCAAAAAACAGUUCAUUUAGUGAUCAUUCGAAGUUACAGUGUAUAUACAGUGUAUGUAAAAUAAGCCAUAACAAACAGUAUGUUAUCAUUAUAAACAUGUAUAAACAUAAAAACCCAAGGUUUAAAUUUCAUGUCUUUCAAUUACAAACAAAUCCAAGAGUGGCUUCCAAGUAGAAGGAAAUCUAGAGAAAGUCUUCUUUUACCCAAAGCAGUCAACUUCCCCAUCCAUUCUUCCAUUCUGGGUAUAUGUGAGUCCUUACAUCUGUGUGUGAAGAGAGCUUUGCUGCUGUUGUCAGAUAGAAAAACAAAGUUCCACAGUUUCUUCACUCUAGUCAUCUAUCAAAUCUAGAAGAAAAGCCUCUGGUUCAACUGGAAAUUCAGGAAAGCCUGUUUAGGCUCCUCUGGUCAAGGAUCUCAUGGAAAUUGCCUUCUCUCUUCAUUGCACCUAAAUGAUAGGAGAGGCCCAUCUUUCUUCCCCCCACCAACACCUCCACCUCCCCAAAGUCCUGGUGGUCUCCCAUUCAGAAGAGAAGAGCUGACUUGAGACUCAGAUAGCAUUUUUUAAAUGAUACAAUAAAGGUAAUGUAGACUUUUUAAAAACCACAUUUCAAGUGCCUUAUGGAAGGGAAAAUGCCUUGGUGAUUCUUGGCACAGAAGAUGGACAAUAAAGUUGAAGUCCAGAGAUCAACUACAGGGAGGCUGACUGUUCCAUAUUUUUCACAUGCAGAGUUAAGAGAAAGAUUUAAAAUAGGCAGAAUGACAUUUGGAAUGGAACAACAAGACUGUCAGAGAGAAAUUGAAACUAAACUAUGUGCAAAUGAUGGACAUGUCAUUUACUUGGCUAUCCAGCAUAAUCUCGGUGGUGUUCUUCAAAAUUAAUGUUCAAAAAUUGCCACUCUUCCUAUCCUCCUCGUCUUCCGAAAAACAUCACAGUGAAUAUCAUAGCUACCAUCAUUCUCAUCUUAAGAUUCUGUCAAUCUAGCCUACAUCAAUAAAGUAAGAAUUCUUCUGGGUUUUCUUUUGUGAUUCAGCCUCACCCGAAGAGCCAAUAUCCGUCUUGAUACCCCAUAUCAUUUUUCUUUCCAAAAUCACAUUAAAUUUAGGUCCUACUACCCCUGGGGUUUCUUUGCAACCCUCCAAUUGUUUUCAAACCAUUUAUUCAUGAACUCGUUUAAACAUUCCAGAUUGGGCUAAAGUUCAUCUUUGAGAUUUUGUAUGUUUCGUAUCACAAUACAAAAAAGAUGUAGGUUGCAGGAACUGGAAGUGACAGGAUGGCAGCCUUCCAAUAUCUGAGGAGCUGUGGCAAAGAUCAGGGGGAACCACCUACUUUCCAAAGCAUCUGAACAAGAAGCAAUGGCUGGAAACUCAUCAAGGGGAGAUGCAGCCUAGAAUUAAAGAGAGAUUUCUUUCCUUCCUUCCACCUCCACAGGGCUGCUUCUGCUGCAGGGAGACCGGCCGGCGGGCAAUGAAUGGAGGGCUUGGCUGACUUCCAGGGCUGGUAGGCAAUCCUAGUUUAAUGCCGGUCUGGGUCCCUGCGGAAGCUACGUCUCCGAUCCAUCAUCUUUGGCCUCGGCAGACGCUCCCUAUCUCAUCCUCCUCCCUCUUUCCCUGCCUCCCUACUACGAAGCCCACGAAGCUAUAGAGCACUGCACACCAGAACAACUAGACACAAGAACAGUUUUUUUCCCGAAGGCCAUCACUCUGCUAAACAAAUAAUUCCCUCAACACUGUCAAACUAUUUACCAAAUUUGCACUACUAUCAAUCUUCUCAUCGUUCCCAUCACCAGUCUCUUUCCACUUAUGACUGUAUGACUGUAACUUUGUUGCUGGCAGUCCUUAUGAUUUAUAUUGAUAUACUGACCACAUCAAUUGUGUUGUAAAUGUUGUACCUUGAUGAACGUAUCUUUUCUUUUAUGUACACUGAGAGCAUAUGCACCAAGACAAAUUCCUUGUGUGUCCAAUCACACUUGGCCAAUAAAAAAUUCUAUUCUAUUCUAUUCUAUUCUAUUCUAUUCUAUUCUAUUCUAUUCUAUUCUAUUUUAUUCUAUUCUAUUCCAUCAGCCAGCUCAGCCUUG